AUGAAUAACAGCAGCAGCAUCUGUAACGGUGCAUUUCAGACAGCCCUGUUACCUCCUGUCUACAGUGUGGAGAUGUGUGUGGCACUGCUGGGGAGCAUACUGGCACUGUGGAUUCUUGUGACUAAGGAGAGGAGGACCUGGCACAUGGGGAUGGUGUUCUCCUGCAACCUGGUCAUCAGUGACAUCUUCUAUGCCCUCAGUCUUCCACUUCUUAUCGGCUACUAUUCAAGAAAACGGAUUUGGAAAUAUGGUGAUGUUGUCUGCAAAAUAGAGCGCUUUCUCUUUUCCUGUAACCUCUAUGCCAGCAUUUACUUAAUCAUGUGCAUUAGUGUUCAUCGAUACCUGGCUAUCGUUCAUCCCUUCUUCACACGCAAACACAUUCUACCAAAACAUGCCAAGAUCAUCAGCGUGUUCGUUUGGAUCUUUGUGGCAAGCAUUUCAUCUCCUAACCUCUACUAUACAGGUGUCAAUAUGUAUAGAUGUACCUUAUUUGCAAAUCCAUUUAAUAACUCAAUAUUGUAUAUCUACAGGAUGUUUAUGGCUGUUAUAGGCUGCUUGGUCCCAUUUAUUGUUACUUUUGCAUCCUAUGUUGGUGUAAUAAGUGCUGUUUUUAAAAAUAAAAAAAUUACCACACUGCAGAAGAAAAAAGUGGCUUUGAUUGUGGGUUUGGGCUGCGUACUGUAUGCUGUGUCCUUUGUCCCCUAUCACAUUCUGCAGAUAUGGAAGGCUAAAUUGACAAAGGAAGAUACAACUAAUUGUUAUAUGCUUAAUGCUUACCAAAUUUCAAAGGCAUUAGCCUGCAUGAACAUGUGCCUCCAUCCUAUUCUGUAUAUGGCAGUGUUUGACAGUAUCAGGGCAAUGUGCUGUAGGAAUGUACCAGAAUCCCCAGUGGAAACUUAA